CAUGAUUAGCAAGCCGCAUCAACACGCUUCAGUAGGAUCUUCGUGGUCCGAUGACUACGGCGCGCGACCUUCCCGAGCCCUACCAAGAACGCCGAGAGCACUCUAUUAGGUUCAAAAGGAUGUGGAUGACGUUUCACUGAGUACCGAUGAUGAGCCGACGCUAAGGUUAGGUAGCCGUGGUGGUGCAGCGCAUAUAAUAGACGCAUACACCCGGCCUGUGGCGUGUAGAUCGUAGAAGAGGCUGAUCUCCUGGCAUAACGUUCUUUACAACUGUGAAUCCGUCAUUCCUUUCACAAUGCGUUCCCCAUUCCUUCUCCUUCCAUUGCUUCCUGCAGCCCUCGCAACCAGACCCUUCCUUAAUGAGCCAGAUACUGGCAUCGAAGAUGUCCUGGGUGAUACUCCAGCAGGCACCCUUCCGGACCUCAAAGAGAUUGUCGGCCUUCCCGAUUUCGAAUGGGCAGCCAGACACUACAUGAAUAGCUCCUCCUAUACAUACUACCGCAAUGGCGCAGCGGGCGAGUGGUCCUACCGAAACAAUCUGGAGGUAUACGGUCGGUUCCGCUUCAAGCCACGCAUGCUGGUAGACGUCACCAACAUUGAAUCCACGCUUCCUACGUCCAUCCUAGGACACAACUUCUCCGCCCCAUUCUAUAUCAGUCCUUGUGCUCGCGGAGGGCUUGCCCACCCCGAUGCCGAGAAGAACUUCGUGAAGGCCGCGUACGAAGAGAACAUCCUGUACAUCCCAUCGCUCUAUGCGUCCCUCUCUGUGGAUGAGAUUGCCGCCGCCAAGCCAUCCAAUGGCUCCCAGACCAUCUUCCAGCAAGUGUAUCUCAACGACAAUGAUACGGAGACCAAGCAGCUCUUCGAGCAUGUUGAGAAGCUAGGUAGCAAGGCAAUCGUCUUCACCGUGGACUCCGCCGCUGAUGGAAACCGACACCGGGCUGCCCGCUACGGCGUGGGAUCAGCCGAUAGCUCCUACACCUACAUUACCUGGGACUACUACAAGAAGCUUCAGAACAUGACCUCCCUGCCUGUGAUCCUGAAGGGUAUCCAGUCCGUCGAGGAUGUGAAGCUUGCCGUUCAGCACGGCGCCCCAGCCGUCAUCCUCUCUAACCACGGUGGUCGUCAGCUCGACGGUACCCCCUCUCCCAUUGAGGUCGCUCUCGAGAUCCACCAGGAAGCCCCAGAGCUCUUUGAGCAGAUCGAGAUCUACGCGGAUGGUGGUGUUCGCUAUGGUGCUGACGUUCUGAAGCUCCUUGCUCUUGGCGUUAGGGCUGUUGGUCUCGGUCGUCCUUUCAUGUAUUCCAACACCUAUGGUGUCGAGGGCGUCAAGCGUGCCAUCCAGCUGUUGAAGCAUGAGAUCGCUAUUGAUGCUGGUAACCUCGGUGUGGCUCACUUGAAGAAGAUCGAUGCUUCUUAUGUCAAAUGGGCCAAUAACGGCUGGUUCAGCUAG